CUGUCAGGGUCUAAAAGCAUCUCAACCGGAAAUCAAAACCCAAUAUCGAAAAAGCCGCGCAGUUCUCCACAAAGCCUUCAACUUUCCACCAUAGACUACAAGCCAAAACUUCACCAACUUCAAAAUGACAGUCCCCCAAUCCUGCACAUUCACCUCGCCCAUCCCCAACCCACCCACGACAACAACAUCCACCUGCGCCGUUCCCCUCGGUGGUUCAAACUCCACCUACCUCGACGUAUGUUGCAAUGGCCACAUCAACCCCAUCACCACAUACGGUUCCCCCGGCGACAGCGCGGAGUGCUACAUGUAUUGUACGACGGAUAACUGGUCUGAAGUCUCGAGGUGUCUGGAGGGGAAGUUUGCGGAGGGAGGUGGUGGUGGUGAUGGGAAGGGAGGACCGAGUUUUGCGUGUUUCAAUGCGGUGGAUGGGGCGAGUGGUUCCGGCGGCGGAAGCGUGAGGGUGAACUCGAUGUGGGCUUGGAUGGGUGUUGGGGUGAUGGUUUGGGGGUGUGUUGUUGGGAUGGUUUGAUGAGGUAGUGUGAAUUUGGGGGAUGGGUAUAGGGGGUUGCGAACGAGAAUUGGGAAGGAUCUUUGCAUUUGAAGGCGUUGGUUCUUGGACUCUGGGGUUCCGGCAUUUCCAUUGGAUACAGCAUCAUGGUUUCGGUGCAUCUUUUGGUUGGCAAUUCUAUUUCCAUUUGAGAG